UUGCUAAGAGGGCUGGAGCGCUUCCCCUGUGAAAGCAGGGCGAGGAAGUUUGGGCGGCUCAGCCUAGAGAUGAGAAGGUUGCGUGGAGACCCCAGGGCAGCCUUCCCUGUCUGGAGGGUCCUGCAGGGAAGUCAGAGAGGGACACUUAAUCAGGAAGAAGGAGUAAUGGGUGCAAAUGAAAAGGGGAGACGUUUAGAUUAGCUAUUUUGAAAGAAAUUCUUGAGUGUGCAGGUGGUGAGACACUGAAACAGAUUUCUCAGGAAGGUUGUGGAUGCCCCAACCUUGGAAGUGUUCAAGGCCAGGCUGGAAAAGGCCGUGAUCAACAUGGUCUGGUGGGAGUUCCCCUGCCCAUGGCAGGGGUGUUGGGAUUAGGUGAUCUUUAAGGUCCAUUCCAGACCCUUAACGUUUGAUGAUUUGAUGCUUGCCCUCGGACCUGAACAGGAGCUCCUGGCAACAGAGGAGCGGUGCUCACUUCGUCCUCCUUCGUGUUUGCAGAAUGUCAGUGGCUGCUUACUGUGUAUUUUGCUACAGAAAAAUAGGAACUUCUGGUCCAGCCACAAAAAAACAACUACCCUGGAAUGAUAUCAGAAAAAUUGCAAAGGUAACUGGAUCACUUAUACUAGGAGGCUUUGUAUUCAUUACAUAUGAAGUCCUGUCCUUAAAUAAGUUACUGCAAAUCGAUACUCAAGCUCUACAUCAAGAAAAACUUAAAUCCUAUGUAUAUGUACGUACAGCUUCUCUAAGUCCAAGUGAAUAUCAAGGGUUUACAUACAAAGCCAGAAAAGAAAUUCAUAAAGCAGUGAGGAGAAUUCUAGAAACAGAAGCUAAAAUCUUCCGGAGACCUUUUAACGAACAAUUCAGUACAUUUGAUGGAGAAGAUCAUGAGUGUGCCUUAUGGCUUCUCUUAAAGAGAAGUCAGUCAGAAGACAAAGCGAUCCGACUGCAGGCUGUGCAAGACCUGGCAAGCAACAGUCACUGGCAUGAUUAUCAGUAUGUCACAGUUGCUCAAACCUGUGAUCAAAGGACUGCUAUAGGUUUGGCUCGUUCCAAAGAUGUUGACCUUCGUUUUUUCCUGCCUCCACCACCAUUGCCAAAAAUAAAGACUGACUAUCCCAUAGAAGAUGAACUUCGCUUGUUGUUGGUAUCUUUACCUCAGACUGGUCUUGAUCCAUGUGUCCAGUACUUCACAUCUCUUGCAUUACGUGAAAGUAGCCAGACUCUUGCUGCACAAAGGGGAGGCUUAUGGUGUUUUGGAGGAAAUGGACUUCCAUAUUGUGAGACAUUGGGUAAAAUCCCUUCAGAGACAGUGGAACUCUUUUGCUUGCAGGCUUUAGUACAGCAUUCUAAGAUUUCUUCUCACUGUGAUAAAAUUGAAGCUAAAGGAGGCCUCCAGCUACUGCAGAGGAUAUAUCAGCUACGUAAAGAUUCAGCCAAGAUACAGAGGAACAUAAUCCGCAUUAUUGGGAACAUGGCUUUGGAUGAACGUCUUCACUCAUCCAUAGUACGUGCAGGUUGGGUUUCUGUACUUGCUGAAGUAAUGAAAUCCCCACACAUCAUUCAGUCUUCUCAUGCAUCCAGAGCUUUGGCUAAUCUAGACAGGGACAUGGUGAAAGAAAAAUAUCCAGAUGGUGUUUAUGUCUUGCAUCCACAAUAUCGUAGCAGCCAGCCUGUCAGAGCAGACAUCCUUUUCGUUCAUGGUCUUUUGGGAGCAGCGUUUAAAACCUGGCGACAGCAGGACAUUGACCGGCGUUUGGAUAGAAAGGCCUCAGAAGGGGAAGAGGACUAUACUCAGUGCUGGCCAAAGACAUGGCUUGCUUCAGACUGUCCUUCCCUUAGAAUCAUAUCUGUGGAGUAUGACACCCAUUUGAGUGACUGGAAAGCAAAAUGUCCUGUUGAGGCUCAAAGGGAAUCUAUUGCUUUCAGGAGCAGUGAGCUGCUUGACAAGCUCAAAGCUGCUGGGAUUGGAGACCGACCUCUGGUGUGGGUAUCCCAUAGCAUGGGUGGUCUUCUAGUCAAAAAGAUGCUGGUGGAUGCUUCCAAGAAUCCAGAAAUGGAUAAAAUUGUAAACAACACCAGAGGAAUCGUAUUUUAUAGCGUACCUCACCAUGGUUCCCAGCUGGCUGAAUAUUCUAUAAAUGCCAGAUAUCUCCUCUUCCCGUCUGUGGAGGUUAAAGAGCUCAGCAAGGAUUCUCCCGCCCUUAAAGAGCUGAAUGAUGACUUCUUGUCUUUUGCCAAAGACAAGAAAUUUUCAGUGCUGAGUUUUGCAGAAACCCUACCAACGCACAUAGGCAGCAUGAUAAAACUGCAUGUUGUACCUGUGGAGUCAGCAGAAAUAGGAAUUGGAGACCUUAUUCCAGUGGAUGUUAAUCAUCUAAAUAUUUGCAAGCCAAAGAAGAAGGAUGCUUUCCUGUAUCAACGUACACUGAAGUUCAUUCAGGAUGUUUUAGCCCAAGAACUGUGAGAUUGAGGUUUUGCCAUCCAUUCCUGCUUGUGUCCUGUGUUUGGUGUAACACAGAAACUUCUAACAUUUGUUAGGGGAUCUGUAGAAUCACAAGGGUGCUGUGUCAAUAGUAUCUGCUGCUGAAUAAUUUCCUGUACAUCUUGAACUUUAGACACCUGUCCAAUUACUUUCUCAAAAUACAUUCAAAACAAAUACAAACUUGGCAAAAAAAAAAAAAGUGUGUGCCCAGGGUAUCUUCUUUUAGCAAAAGAAACCCCAAGCUUGCUUUGAAAGCAGGUAAAUAUACACCUGGGAUAAAGUCUUAUAGACAGGAUUAGAAACAAAUGAGGUGGUUAUUUGUUGUGUCAAAGGGCAGAAGCAGCAUGUGGCUGCUGCAAAGUUUUGGUUUAAUGUCCAUGCUAGGGUAGCCUGACUGGAGCCUGAAAAAUUACUGUUCAAGAGAAUGAAGGUAGCAUUUUGGCCUAGUGACCCAGUUUUAGGAGGUUUUGUCAUUUGCCUUUUAACACAUCGCCCAGAUUGGUCAGCAGACACAGCAUCUGUUUUUCUGCAUGAGAAAGAGACAGGUUGGUAGCUUGCCUUGCUUAGAAAAUUGUGGUUGUUUUAGUCUGUUUCUAUUAAUGAAAACAAAAGAAAAGAAAUAUUCAUCUUCUUGUACAUUUCCCUCUUAAGUCUUAGCAACUUGUGAGAUUGCUUUCCUUAGGACAGCGUGUAUCUGGUCAGACAGGGCAGUUCUGUGCAUGUUCACAUUGAAGAUGUGUUUGAUGAGCUCAGCUCUUCUGCUUUGCUCUUGGGACACCCCAAGAAGUUGGUACAUUCAAAUUCCUGGCUCAUGUUACUCAUACAGAAAGUUUUCUGUAGCUGAUUUAAAGAAGAGCAUUGAAAAUGCUCGGGUGAAGCACAACAGAUGUAGGCCCUGAAAAGAAAGCUAAUGCUUAGAGUUUGGAGCUGAGGUAGAAAAAAGUAAAGCAGGAAGAAAAUCAGGUGAUUGUAAGGCCUCACUGGAAACUACCACAAAUGUUUUGGUUUUCUGGGGCCCAAAUAUAUCUGCUGGUGUAAAUACAGUGAAAACCAGCAGUGUCUUAUUUGAGUUUAUGUUUAUGUUUAGGAUACCCUAACAGUACUGAGAAAUCAGUAUUUUUAGAUUAAAAAAUGGCAGUGCACAGUCACUUUUUUGAAGUCUUAGAUAAUUUGCACUGUGAAUAGAAGAAGCCUCAUGUUAUUGUGGUCUCUUUACUCCCUUUCUUUACACCUGCAUCCCUCUCUGAAAACAAACAUGGGCUGUGUAAAGCUGUAAUGCCUUUGCUGACCAUUUGUUAAAUAAGUUCUGUAUUGAUGACAGGCUUGAGGUGUCUCCUCAUGUCACUCCUGUGAGAUGGAUCCAGAAUUGGUGUCCUUCAAAUGGUGGCUGUGAAAGCUGCCAAGGAGGGGGGAUGCUCCUUGCAGUUCUGCAUGGGCUUGGUGCUGUGGGCACUGCAGUCCUGCCAGGUCCUGAGAGCAGCCCAGGAGGACACUGCAGCUCAAAAUACACUUCUGGAAAUUGAGGGAACUGCAAAGGAAAAUUCAUAAGAGCAGUACAGAGACUGUACAGCACUACACUGGCAAAAAGAGCAUUUCGCCCCCCAGCUGAGAUGUAGGUGAGAACACUGCAUGGCAGUAUUUCGUACAGAAAAUGUAACAGAAGUGUCUUAAUUUCUGAAGAGGUUUAUAUUUUUUACACUGUGGUUUAGAUUUCAGAGUGUAAAUAUAUUAGUACACUUUGUAUUCACAGAACAGAGUAUGUGGAAUUCAUGGUGAAUAGACAAGACUUCUAAUAACUGAAUGCUUGUUUCAUGUGACAAAUCUAUUGGUUUUAAUAGACUCCUUUGGCUUACACAGAUUCAGAUCAGUGACAUUAAACAUUAAUCUUAGUAAAUGCAUCUGUGUUUUGUAACUGGAAUUCUUAAGGCAAUAUUUUCCUUUUUGUAACUGUAUUUAUAUAUGUGUAACUUCUAAAACUAAUAUUUGGUGGGGGGUCGUUGGGUUUGGGUUUUAUUUUUUUGGAAUAUAGUAAUAAAAUGUGAUUUAAAAUAUGCCUUGGAUAUGUCACAAAGUGUAUUAAAGGUUCAUGAUCUGUCA